UCACGACUUCGCCAUUUUGGAGGGCAGUGACGCUGCCGGGGCCGGGUAGAGAAGGUGCACUAUCUUGGUGCGCCGAAAAUUGUAAUUGCUCUAAUUUUAUUGGAGUAAUUAAUAUUUUUUGGCACCAUGCAGGCCCACAGCAAAAAGCGCGUUUGCUACUACUACGACAGUGAUAUAGGUAAUUACUACUAUGGACAAGGACAUCCGAUGAAACCACACAGAAUACGCAUGACACACAAUCUUCUCUUGAACUAUGGGUUGUACAGGAAGAUGGAAAUUUAUAGACCACACAAGGCAACUGCCGAAGAAAUGACCAAAUUCCAUAGUGAUGAAUAUGUAAGAUUUUUACGGAGCAUCAGACCAGAUAAUAUGUCUGACUACAACAAACAAAUGCAGAGAUUUAAUGUUGGAGAGGAUUGCCCUGUAUUCGAUGGGUUGUAUGAGUUUUGCCAAUUGUCUGCUGGUGGUUCAGUCGCAGCAGCAGUCAAAUUGAACAAACAAGCUUCUGAAAUCUGUAUCAAUUGGGGAGGUGGACUUCAUCAUGCCAAAAAGAGUGAAGCCUCAGGAUUCUGUUAUGUAAAUGACAUAGUUUUGGGCAUUUUGGAACUGCUGAAGUACCAUCAACGAGUUUUGUACAUUGAUAUUGAUGUGCAUCAUGGUGAUGGUGUUGAAGAAGCAUUCUACACUACCGACAGAGUCAUGACUGUGUCAUUCCACAAAUAUGGUGAAUACUUUCCUGGAACAGGUGACCUCAGGGAUAUUGGUGCUGGGAAAGGAAAGUACUAUGCUGUCAACAUUCCUCUCCGGGAUGGUAUGGAUGAUGAAAGCUACGAAUCUAUCUUUGUUCCAAUUAUCUCAAAAGUUAUGGAAACCUUCCAACCAAGUGCUGUUGUUCUUCAAUGUGGGGCUGAUUCACUCACCGGUGAUAGAUUAGGGUGCUUCAAUCUCACUGUCAGAGGACACGGAAAAUGUGUGGAAUUUGUGAAGAAAUAUGGAAUGCCUUUCCUCAUGGUUGGAGGUGGAGGAUACACCAUCCGUAAUGUAUCAAGAUGCUGGACCUAUGAAACAUCAGUAGCUCUCGGAACUGAAAUAGCAAAUGAACUGCCUUACAAUGAUUAUUUUGAGUAUUUUGGACCAGAUUUUAAGUUGCAUAUCAGCCCAUCCAACAUGGCUAACCAGAAUACUCCAGAAUACCUUGAAAAGAUAAAGACAAGGCUGUUUGAAAACUUGAGAAUGCUUCCUCAUGCUCCAGGAGUUCAAGUUCAAGCUAUUCCCGAAGAUGCAGUUCGAGAAGAAUCUGACGAUGAUGAUAAAGCCAACCCAGAUGAGAGACUUACUCAGGCAGCUCUUGAUAAACGUAUCGUUCCUGACAAUGAAUUCAGUGAUUCUGAAGAUGAAGGUGAGGGCGGCAGAAGAAACGAUCGUUCAUUCAAGGGUAGAAAACGUCCCCGUUUAGAUACGAAGACUCCAGCUGAUGCUAAUGAGGAGAAGCUGAAGAGUGAGGGAGAUGGUGCCAAACCAGAGGGCAAGACUGAAGAGAAGGACGAGAAAGUGGCAUCUAGUGACGAUGCUAAAAAGGAUGCUGCACCAAAUCCUUGAUAAUUUUUAGGUUACUGAUUUUGACAUCAAAUUUGUUGCUCUCUGCAAUUUGAGGGUUUGCAGUGUUUCUGAUUCUUCAGUCCGUCUGGGUGUAUCAAUUUUUAAUAGCAGUUUGGAUAUCAAGUGUGGUAAUAAUACCUUUUCAACCAUGGUCAUAGUACAAGUUAUUUAUUAUAAAAUAUUGAAUCCCACCCUUCAAAACAGAAUGAGGGAGUUGUGACUAUUUUUCAGGGAAUCAUAAAAGCAAAUGUAUGUAUUAUUUUGAAGUGGAUCAGUCAUGCCAAUGAAUUGUCCACUAUAUGUAAAUUAAUUCUUAAGCAAUCUUCUUACUUCAUUGGAAAAUCUUUCCAAUGUUGUUUUGUGAUCUCCAUAGUGUGCAGUAAUUGAUGCUGUUUUUUGGAUAUGGUCUCAGUUUUGAUCAUUUCAUAGGCUAAGAAUUGUUUUACAAUUCACCUUUCUGUUCAUUAGAAUAGAGCAACAAAUACUUCAUUAACUUUCAUUAUCUAAACUGCUUUAAGUGUCAAUUGGGAGGCACUCCUAGUAACUUUCAUGAUAUCAAGUCAUGAAUGUGAAUAGUCUUCAUUUUAUUGAAUAACACAUUUCUGUGAUCUGACUUAAUCUCUAACUUAAUGUUUUUGCACUGUAGAAUUUAUUGUUGAACUCUAGAGUGUGGUCAAAUCCAUCUUCUUGUAGAUGGACCAAAGAAGUAACUUCUGCAGUGUACGCAUUCACUUUGCUGCAAAAACUGUAUCUGAAUUACCAAGACUUUUCUGAGCAUUGUCCAUCAGCUCGAGAAUUGUACCUGAUUUUGUGAAACUGGGGCUUUGUCUUGUAGUUGCUGUACACUGUUCGGUUAGCUAAAACCUCACUUAAACUGAAGAAAUUAAGUUUUACCCUUGGUAUUGUUUGGUUGCUCUGCUCAUGAUUGUAAACUCUUGUCUAGUUCCUUUACUUUCCACAUUUUAUAAAAUUAUUGGUUGUCUUUAACUGUGGUAUAUUUUUUUAAUGCCAGGCAUAAUCUUGAGUGGCUUUGUGGUGCUAAAAUGGCUUACAAUUCUUGCAUUUAGACUUAGUUGAGUGUAUUGAAAUUGUUAAUGCAGCCUUUAAAGUGAUUAUUUUCUGUAAUCAGUUUCCGUUUAGUAAUCUAACAUUUGGAACAAUCAGUAAGUCUUCUCAGUACCAGCCAUUUGCUGAAGUAAGGUGAUGGUAAGGUAAAGGACCAUUACUAUCGCUUUUAUUUUUGUUGUAACAUUUAUGACAGCAAGCUCUUGGAGAAUUCUGCUGUGUGUCUGUACUAUUGAAGCAAAUCAUUUCCUUGAUCUUAUUCGUCCUACUGCUAUAGUUAAUUAUGUUCAUUUAUUAUCAAGCUUGCAGAGGUAUGAGACUUCUCACCAAAGCUUUCAGUAACUAAGCUAUAUUUAGUAAUUAUGUUUAUAUUUUAAUUUUUUAACAUUAUGUAAUGUAGUAUAUUGUACUAUGUUCUUUUACCGUACCACCACACUACUCAAGGUUGGCAACAUUAAAGCACGUUUUAUAAAUGA